AUGGCGAGUGGUAAGCUUGUCGCCUUGGCCCUGAUGGCGUUGCUCGGCUGUGUGGCAGGGUACGCAGGGUAUCCCAACCCAGGCACGCCUAGCAGCCCUCCACCGAGUCCAGCAGCUCCAGCCCCGCCAAGCCCGACACCUCCUCCUCGUGCGCCAGUGCUCAAGAUCGGCCACUACCGCAAGACGUGCUACAAAGCGGAACAGAUCGUGAGGGACGCCGUGAAGAAGGCUGUCUAUGCCAACCGCGGCAUCGGCGCCGGGCUCAUCCGCCUCUUCUUUCACGACUGCUUUGUCAGGGGUUGUGAUGCCUCGGUCCUCCUUGACCCAACCUCGGCCAACGCACAGCCAGAGAAGCUUGGAAUCCCCAAUUUCCCCAGCCUCCGCGGCUUCGAGGUCAUAGACGCGGCCAAGGCCGCACUCGAGAAGGCAUGUCCCGGCAUCGUCUCAUGCGCUGAUAUCGUUGCUUUCGCUGGUCGCGAUGCCAGCGUCAUCCUGAGCAACGGGAAGGUGAACUUCAACAUGCCGUCUGGCCGCUAUGACGGGCGCGUGUCCAUUGCCAAUGAGACCCUCUUCAACCUGCCCCCGCCUUUCGCCACCCUCCAGCUACUCAAGGAUAUGUUCGCCUCCAAGGGGCUUUCCACAGACGAGAUGGUCACCCUCUCGGGGGCGCAUACCGUUGGGAUCUCCCACUGCUCGUCCUUCUCAGACCGCCUCCCUGCAAACGCCUCGGACCCCUCGUCCAUGGACGCUAAGUUAGCCAAAUCGGUGCAGCGGCAAUGCAACAAGACCGGUGACCCCACGGUGGUGCAAGACGUCGUCUCCCCUAGCUUCCUCGACAAGCAGUACUACCAAAACGUGCUCAAGCGUAAAGUGCUCUUCAACUCGGACGCCGCACUCCAGUCGCCCGAGACAAUAAACGAGGUGAGGCUCAAUGCCAGGAUCUCUGGGCGAUGGGAGAAGAAGUUCAAGGCAGCUAUGGUGAAGAUGGGUAGCAUCGAGGUGAAGAGCAGUGCCACUGGGGAGAUCAGAAAGCAGUGCCGGUUCGUCAACUAG